UAUAAUAAUUUUUAUAUUCCUUUUUGUACUUCAUAAGUUUUUUGGAUGCAAUUCCGUUUUUUUGAUCAAACAUAUUUAAAGCUUUUCUCUAUUGUAAUUUACAAUUCAAUAGUUAAUAAUUUUUUUAAAUCUAUUGAUGAAUUUUACUAAAUUAUGAAUCGAAAUAAUAUUAAUAAGGAAAACGUUCGCUUGUGUCACCAGUUUUCUACUCCACAAACUAUAGGAAAAAAUGUUACAAUUACAUCAGUUUCAAAAAAAUCAGAUGUAUUAUCUUACCUUCAAAAUAAAAACGGUAUAGAUGUAUGUAGAAUUAUUAAACCAGAACUAUCAAAAAAAUUUUCUAAAGAAGUUACUAUUACUCCUAUUGAGAACAAAGAAAGUAAUGAGGUUAUAUCUUUGUUAAAAAAACUGCCUGCUAUAUCUUUUGCAAUAAUUAAGCCUGAACCGGAGUUUAAAGUACCUCAAACUCCUCCUUUGCUAUCUUCUACAUCACGAACCCCUGUUAAAUGUAUUCGUUCGAAGAAACCUAAAGAACUUCAGAAUAGAAGCUUAUCAUCCGAGAACAAUUUUAAACAGCCUUUACCGCCAGACAAUAAAAAAAUUGUGGUAACUCCUAAACCUCUUAGAGAACGAAAUGUUCCUUCGUCUUCACUACAAAAAUGCCGAACCUUGUCGUUUCCUCUACAAGGAAAUAUUUUGCAACAACAACACACAAAGCAACGGAAUUCCCCUUCAACUUCUGUACCAAACAUAAAGACACCGAAAUCAACACCAAAAAAACGUACUCCAAACCAGCAAGUAAAAACUAAACAAAUGCAGAAAAAUGUUGAUGAUAAAACCCAAAAAGAAUGUGAGACAUCAGAAAUAUCUCUUGAGAAAAUACCCUCAACGCUUCCGGACAAUAAGGAGAAUGUUCCCAGAACAAGUUCUCCUAACAGUUUAUUUACUACAAUUGGCAAAAAUGAUACGACGGAACCAUCUGUUAAUAAUAGCUACACAUUAAUGGACUUGUCAGUCGAUGGUAAGAUUAACAUAACGCCCGCUGCAGCUCCGUCUUGGGAUCUUGAUAACUCCAGUGUACCCGAGUACGAUAAGUUCGUUAUGGGUAUCGGUGAUACCACUCCUUCGCCGUGCAGCUCGUCAACCGAUUAUGGUACAACUUCCACCAUGUCGGAACUGUUGCCCGACAUGGUUGAGCCAGAAAAUAGGUCCACGCCAUCAUCUCAGUUCUGGUAUGAAGAUAUAACCAAGUCGCUUGGCCAAAACUCUGUGGAAUUUCCCGUGAACGGAUAUUUGAACGAAAAUGAUAUAAAAACAACAGCUGCUGACGACGCACAAACUUUGCAAAAGAUUAGAAAUCGCUUUUGUGAUUUAACAAAUACUGUGUUAUGCAAUAAUGAACCAUGGAAAGAUAAAAAAAGAGUUGCACAACAAGAAGAAUCGUUCAAAAAAUCAAAACUUGAAUAAAAAAUUAAAAAUUUUAUUGGAUUGUGAUAAUAACAACAUACGAAAAACAAAAAAAUUAAAUCUACUUAAAAAUUCUACUAGAAAAUUAUUAUACUAUGUGAUUCGAAGUAAUUUAAAAAUAAUUUUAUUUUUUAUAAAUAGUCCUUUCAUUUUAAUCUGUUAUAUUGUCUUGUUUAAUUUAUUACUCUUAUUAAUUUUUACAAGAAUAAUUUUAAUUAAUUUUUAGCAGUUAAUUAGAAAAAAACCUUCUAUUAGAAAAAUUUUGUUGUUAAAAUUUUCUGUGAUUUUUU